AGUCGUUGUUCUCGGGCAGUACACGUAAAGAAACGAUCUCCACUGGGUCCUCAAGUAAUGUAUAUUGUUGGUGGUUAUCUAAGACAAUCGUUAAGGGUUGUGGAAUGUUAUUACCCACGUCAUAAUUCUUGGAGUUUACUCAAAUCUUUACAGCAGCCUAGGAGUGGUGCUGGUGCAGCUUUUGUUG